CAAAACUCUCAUGUAAUAUAAAAUCUCUAAUAAUUCCAGUUAAGAUAUUGUUUGUCAUGUUUGCUAUAAUGCAUUAACAUUAAUAAUAAUAAUAAUAAAACUUGAAUUGUUUUGAUUGUAAUAUCUUGUAUUACUAUUAUACCUGAGGGUUAGUUUGUGAGUACAUUUCUUGUAAGUACUAGCUCAAGUACCUUUUAUCAUAAUCACCAAGAGAGUACCAACUACCAAUUAUUAUUAAUUGGACUCACCACUAACUCACUAAGAAGAAUAUAUUCCAAUGCAUUCAAUAGCAGGACCAUCACCUCAUCAGCAAGCAAAGAAGACAUGUUUUAACCUGAUGUAUUCCUUGACAUACAACCAACUAAUAAUUACUGUACUUAUUGUUAUAAUGUUGGCAGUGAUUGGAUUUAAUUUAGAAGGUGAUAUGGGUGUGGGUGAUUAUGAGUAAUGAAUAUUGUUAUUAUGGGUGUGGCUAGUUAAUUAACAUUCUUGACAAACAAUGUCUAAAGGUAUCUAUCAACUGGGAGGGAUAGCUCAUCACUCAGCUCCUGUAGUAGGAGAAUCAGUGUUCCUGUGGGGAGGGUAUAGGCCUGACUUACCUUUUGUUCAUGAUUCCCCACAAAAGAGGAAAUUGUUGUCCACCAUUGAUAGACUGGAGUUUAGGACUGGUGGUUGGUCCUCUCACGUGACCAGAGGAGCGUCACCUCCUCUAGGAGCUAUAGGAUACUCCUGUACUACUAGAAACAAUGACAUCUUCUAUUUUGGCGGCGUCUGUGGAGAUGAAAUGUGUUUUCAUAAUGACGUGAACUCAUUUAACAGUCUAACAUAUGAAUGGAGUAAUAUAAUACCAACCAGUGAUGCUGUAAUGAAGAGAGGGUAUGGUGGUAUGGUGUGUAUGGAGUGUAUGGGUACAGAAUACCUAUUUAUGAUAGGAGGGUUUGGUUCUACACCCACUACAUACCAAUCACAGUAUCAGUAUAUUCAGUUAGGUACUGGUCGUAUUCGUACUAAUGAACAGAAUUUAUUAAAUUUAUCAACAAGACAAUGGAUUAUUCCAACUAUUAGUGGUCAGUGUUGUCCUCCUACUGCUGCCUUUGCUAUUGAAAAGAUUACUAAUAAUAAAGCUGUCAUGUUUGGUGGAAGAGUGUCUAGGGAUGAUGGUAGAAGUGAUAUAAUGGUUAAUACAGUCUAUACAUGUCAACUGGAGUCUGAUACUACAAUACACUGGGAGAGUGUUAAGGGACCAGUAGUACCUGCUAGUGUACAGUGGCCUGAGGAGAGAGACUCUCAUGCUAUUACUAGUAUCAUCAGUGACGCACCUACACUAGUAAUGAUAGGUGGAGAGGGUAAAGAUGGUCAACUAGUAAAUGAUAGUUGGUUACUGAAUACUAGUCAGUACCAGUGGAGUAAGAUUGUUCUACCCGAAUCUGUUACUGGUAGACAGGGUCAUUCCUUAUCAUCAAUAAUGAUGAGUCCAGACUGUGUGUGGUUGGUGGUAGUGGGUGGGAGAGGAGCAAUUGAAUGGAAAGAUGUAGGAAGAGGAUACAUGGAAGCAUUUUCUAACUAUAUCACUGAUCCUAAUAUCACAAUGUUAAUAGAACUAGGUAAGAAGUGA